UUUAAAACAUGAAAUGCGCUUUUAUUUUGAAACUCAGUCUAAGUCCUACACCGAAAGUUUGAGCUUUCGUAGUUAUACAAUGCUCUGCAGAACUCAAGCGCUUGAAGUUAAAUUGAAGAUUAAAGUAAUUGAGUCAUCUACGAACAGGGGAGCUGCACUUCUGCACACCUUUGAGCAGCAGUAUGAUGCAGGCAGGAUUCUGUCUGAAACAGGCCACUGAGACAGCACUACCAGAGCUCACUGAGCAGCACAGGACCAGACCGGAAGAAGAGGAACUCAGUGGACUGGAGUCUGUCCACAUGGCAGAGUCAAAGACAGAGUGUGCUGCACCGGGACUCAACACACUGGAGCCAGAGUGUGUUACCGCACACAGUGGGGUCAGUGAUGUACACCACACACACACACCACUGAUUAAAACAGAAACUGAUCUGGGCUCCACCCACACUGGGGAUUUUAUUAAGACAGAGAGGCUAGACAGUACAGAGCUGGGAUAUGUAACCCAUCUGCAUCCUGACCAAAUUAAAACAGAAGCUGAUGAUGGAGGAUAUCUUAAGGCAGAACACAACAGUGAUUUGCAGGAUAUUAAAGGUGUUGAUAUGAAAUCUGAUCAAAUGAAGUGUGAAUCCAGUGAAAGUUUAGUGAGUGAUCUCAUGAAUAUUAUGAUGGCUGCAGCUGGUGCAGGACAACCGAACCCAAAUUGUAAAAAAGAAAAAAUUAAUGAUCUGCUGACCCAUUGUGGAAACUUAAAUCACCACUGUGACAUAAAAGAAAAUAAUCUAACUAAAAUAGUCCAGAAAAGUACAAACAUUAGCAAAAAACAUGUAUAUUGUCAGAGAAUGGAUGUGAUAAUUAAACCCAAGGUAAUUAAUCCAAGUAAAAACUCAAGCCUGAUAAAUUUAUUUAAAAACAAGACGAGUCAUAGAAAUCCAGGAGAGAUUUAUACAGGUGAAAAGCCACACAAAUGUACACAGUGUGAGAAGCGUUUUCAUAAUAAAACUGACUUAAGACAACAUCAAAGAAUUCAUACAGGUGAAAAGCCCUACAAGUGUACACAGUGUGGGAGGUGCUUUACCCAAAUGAAUCAUUUAAAGAACCACCUGAGAAUUCAUACAGGUGAAAAGCCCUACAAAUGUUCUCAGUGUGGGAAGUGUUUUUCCCAAAUAUCAAAUUUAAAUUCCCACCAGAAAGUUCAUAGAGGUGAAAACCCCUACAAAUGUACACAGUGUGAGAAAUGCUUUACUGAAAUUAAUUAUUUAAAGAACCACCAGAGAAUUCAUACAGGUGAAAAGCCCUUCAGAUGUUCUCAGUGUGGGAAGUGCUUUUCCGAAAAGGCAUAUUUAAAAAUCCACCUGAGAAUUCAUACAGGUGAAAAGCCCUAUAAGUGUACACAAUGUGAUAAGUGCUUUUCCAAAAAGGCAGAUUUAAACAUUCACCUGAGAAUUCAUACAGGUGAAAAGCCCUAUAAGUGUACACAGUGUAGUAAGUGCUUUUCACAAAGGGGUAAUUUAAAGAGCCACCAGAGAAUUCAUACAGGUGAAAAGCCCUAUGAGUGUACACAGUGUGGGAAGUGCUUUUCCCAACUGAGUGGUUUAAAGAGCCACCAGGGAAUUCAUACGGGGGAAAAGCCUUACAGUUGUACUCAGUGUGGGAAGUGUUUCUCCAAAAUAUCUCACUUUAAUCGCCACCAGAGAAUUCAUACAGGUGAAAAGCCCAACACAUGUCCUCAGCAUAGGAAGUGCUUUUCUAAAAUGCCUGAUUUAAACAGCCAUCAGAGUAUUUAUACAGCUGAAAAACCCAACAAAUGUCCCCAGUGUGGGAAGUGUUUUUGUACAAAUUCUGUUUUAAAUAGACACCUGAGAACUCAUGCACGUGAAAUGUCAUACAGUUGUAUUUAGUGUAGGAUAUUUUUCCCAAAUAUGCGAUUUAAGUUGCAACCAGAUAAUUCAUAUCGGUGAAAAACCAUACAAGUGUACACAGUGUGGGAUGUAUUUUAGUGCAAAUUAAAAAUUAUUCUUGUACAAAUUCUGUUUUAAAUAUACACUUAAGAAAUACAUAUGAAAAGCCAUUCAUAUGU